AGUGCGACUGGAUCAGCCUCUUGAGGACAGAUAUCCUGUGUUUACCUGGAAUCCUGUCUCCACCACGAGGACACCUGCGAUUAAGUCACUUUGGGUGCAGCUCCUAUGCAAAAUAUGCAAGAAAGUGGAUGUAAGGAAGAAAACUUCUACAGAUGUCUGAAUGUAACUAUGAAGGAGUGAGGCACAAUGCCUUUGUCAGAGUGUCAGUUAUUUUGCUUGUGCUUCAUUCAAAGGCACUAAACUGUCAACAUACCACAGACCACAGAAAGGUUCCCCAUAGGGUAGUUCCUUACCAGGAGACCAGAGCAGAGCAAAGAAAUGUUCCCGGCUCAUGGGGAGCCUGGGGCCCAUGGUCCAGCUGCUCUCGGACUUGUGCAAAAGGGGUCCAGGAGCAAAGCAGGCCCUGUUUGCGUGUGUUCCCGAUGUCCAGCGAAUAUCCCUACACCAGAACUAGAGCCAAUGCACAGCAUCCUGGUCAUGUCAUACCAGCCCUGCAACAUACAGCUCGUUUGCACCAUGGCAAUAGCAGCUCGCAGGGAGAGACGAGAAAGCACAGAGUCUCACACAGGCGAGGCCACAUGGUCCCAGGGAGGUAUGGCUAUGGAAGAGCACCCUCUGGCCGUACCUCACCUGAUAAAAGCCAGGACACAGGCAGGAGCAGGUCUCACAGACACAGUCGCUCUCCUGAAGGAAACUUAAACCUUCAAGGCUCCAGGAGACAAGGUGAUCAUUACACAAACUACCCUGGUGUGUCCAGAAGUCCCCACCAGUAUGGCAGGUCCUUUGUGCACCGCAGACUGCCACAACAGCCCACGAACAACCCAGUGUGGGCCCCCCUUUACCAGCCAGGGAGAGCGGAACCAGGACCUCAUGCAGAAAACCACCAGGAAAUACAGCCAGGAAAUCAACAACCAGAUAGACCUUAUGAUCCUUUACCUGUGUCCUUCUGCAAUGGAGAGCACGCUCGCUACAAGAUCUGUACCAACAGUGCCUGUCUUCCAUCGAGCAGCGCAUUCAGAGCUGUCCAGUGUUCCUCUUACAACAGCAAGCCUUUCAUGGGCAGACUGUAUGAGUGGGAGCCUUUUAACGAAGCGCCUGUCGAACAGCAAUGUGAACUCCACUGUCGUGCCAUUGGCUUCAGGUUCUAUGUGCGACAGUCAAAGGCAGUGACUGAUGGCACACCAUGCGGACAAAAUGAUUCUACUGUGUGUGUGGCAGGAAAGUGCGUGGGUCCAGGCUGUGAUGAGUAUCUUGGAUCUGGAAAGUCCCUUGACAAAUGUGGGGUUUGUGGAGGUGAUAACACCACUUGUAGACUGGUCUCUGGAGUGUUCAAACAUAGUCUGUCAAAGAUCGGCUACCAUAAAAUCGUAGAAAUCCCAGAAGGAGCUACCAAGAUCAACAUCACAGAGAUGGCGAAGAGCCGGAACUACCUCGCUCUUCGAAGCCGAUCCGGGCGAUCCAUUAUUAAUGGAAAUUGGGCCAUCGACCGACCAGGAAAGUAUGAAGGCGGUGGAACCAUGUUUACUUACCGUAGACCCAAUGAAAUCAGCAGCACCACAGGAGAGUCUUUUGUGGCAGAUGGACCCACCAAUGAAAUUUUGGAUGUUUAUAUGAUUUUUCAGCAGCCAAACCCUGGAGUUCAUUAUGAAUACAUUCUUCCCUCUGAGAAAACAGAUCCCCAGGCUAACCACAAACAAGAAGGCAAUGAUUUGAAUAGACAGGGUGGAUUCAGCCACCAUAACAAUGUUUUUCAGCACAGCAGAGAGGGUGAAGAGAGGGGAGGGUAUUCUCCACGUCUCCCUGAUAACCAGGUAACCGCCGUUCUGCCACCAAGACGGGACAGAGAGUACAGCUGGAAACUGGCUGGUUCUACAGAGUGCAGUGCCUCCUGUGGAAAAGGUUUUCAAUACUCUGUUUUUCACUGUGUCCAUCACCAAAAGAACCUCCAAGUAUCUGAGACUUUGUGUGACAGCAGCCACAAGCCUAAAUCACAAGAAGAGCCUUGCAACUUGCAGCCCUGCCCAGCAUUUUGGGAUAUUGGGGAAUGGUCAGAGUGCAGCAAGACCUGUGGCCUAGGUAUGCAACAAAGACAAAUCCUUUGUCGGCAAGUGUAUGCCAACCACACUCUCAAUGUGCACAUGAGCCGCUGUCAACACCUGGAGCGCCCAGAAACAACAAGCACCUGCCAGAUGAAAAUCUGUAGUGAGUGGCAGAUACGCUCAGCAUGGUCACCUUGCUCGGUUCCAUGUGGGCUGGGACAGAGAUCUCGGGAGGUGCGCUGUGUCAGCAAUGUGGGAGACUUUGUUCCUGAUGAUGAGUGCAACAUGCACCUGCGACCUGUUCAUGUGGAAAACUGUGACUCGGGACCCUGUGCCAAGAGCUGGUUCUACACUGAGUGGGGGAAUCGGUGCUCAGCUGAAUGUGGCAUGGGAGUACGUACCAGGGGAGUGCUCUGCCUGACAAACCACAUUACCAGUCUUCCUCUGGAGGGCUGUGGCAGCGAGCGACCCCCAGAUUCUCAGGUCUGCAACAAUGGGCCGUGUGAGAAUGGCUUUGAAUGGUUCACCGGACCCUGGAGUCAGUGUUCUGUAGAGUGUGGCACAGGUAGCCAGCAGAGGUCAGUAGUGUGCCUUAUGAAGUCAGAUGAAGGAUUCACUAUCAUGCCUCCUUACGAAUGCUCCUCUUUGGAGCGACCAUUGAGCCAGCAGAGCUGUAAACUUAAAGCCUGUGGUGCCAAAUGGUACCACACUGACUGGAGUUCAUGUUCAAAAACGUGUGAGGGAGGUUUCCGAGUGCGUGAAGUUCGCUGUUUGUCAGAUGACAUGCUCUCCAGUGAAAAAUGUGAUGAAACCAUUAAACCAGCGGCUAAAGAGGACUGUAACCCUGAGCCCUGCAUACCUCACAAAGAUGACAACUGCAGGGACAAGUAUUUCAACUGCAAUGUGGUGGUCCAAGCUCGUCUUUGUGUGUAUGAUUACUACAAGACUACAUGCUGUGCAUCUUGUUCAAGAGUGGCCCACAGAGUAUCGCAUCACAAGGGCCGUAGCUAGCCUGCCCCAACAGAGGCCUCACACUUAAUGUACACGCCUCAAAUACACAGCAGGCACUCCAGAGUGGGUUGCCCAAUGGUGUUUUUUUUGCUCGCUGUGAGCACAUGGUGACGUGGAUGUCAAACACAGUAAGCGUGACUAUUCAAGAGCGUAGCAUACAGAAAAACUAAAUUCUAUCACGUUUUCAGGAGCUACACUUUACUCUAGACUUUCUAGUUGUGUUUUACUGAGAAAGUAGUUUGGUACUGCUUGGACCAACAGGUGAGACCAACAGGCAGUUGGUAUUAGGCUCUUCAAAUCGAGUAGCACAGGGAAAAAAAUAUUUUACCGCUGCCAGAUUCUGCUGAAAAUUCAUGAUGAGGUCAUGCUAGUUAUUUGAUAUAGCGUUGUUUCUACAAUAGAUUGUAGCCUACUGUGGAAAUGUUAAGUUUCU